AGCUUCGACCUUUCCAACAUGGCAGCAGGGCCGUGCCAAGUGCUCACUUCCGCCCGUGCGGGGAACCCCGGAGCGGAUAUAGCGGCCCCGGUUUCCGCUCUAGCUCCUUUUCGGCCCCGGCUGCCUCCACGCGAACAUGCCUCUGGCGAAAGACCUGCUGCAUCCCUCCCCCGAGGAGGAGAAGCGGAAACACAAGAAGAAGCGUCUGGUCCAGAGUCCGAACUCCUAUUUCAUGGACGUGAAGUGUCCAGGUUGCUAUAAAAUCACCACUGUAUUCAGCCAUGCUCAGACUGUAGUUCUGUGUGUUGGCUGCUCAACUGUGCUGUGCCAGCCCACCGGAGGAAAGGCAAGGCUUACAGAAGGAUGCUCCUUCAGACGAAAGCAGCACUAAACUGAAGUGUCUGAGAUGGGUGGGACUACCUGCGCAGUUGGCUGCACAGACAAAUACAGAUGGUUCAAGAGCAUGGGAUUCAGCCACAGAGCUACAUUAAGUGUCCUGAUGUGAACAGAAGGCUUUAAACACGUCUCUGGAACGUGAGGGGAGAACAUGACUUUCAUACUGUCCCUGUAGCCUCACCUAUCUGACUGUCAAUAAAUUUUGGAUAAAAUACA